CCAUUGUUGUUUUUCUUUCUUUCUUGGUUUUGUCUCUUCGUGUUAGAAUUGAAAUUGGAAAAUUAAGUAAAACCCCGUUAUCCCAAUCGCAAGAAAAUAUCCCUUUUCUAAUCUGUGAUACCUGCGGCAGUGUUUAGUGUUACAAGUUGCUAGAAAAUUUCUGGAAUUCUCCGUGAAUUCAUUGCGAAAAAAAAUACAGUGGAGAAGUUGCGUAGAAAAUAGCACACUGCGAUUGUGCACGCCUGGUUCUAAUCGUUGGCACUAAGGGCGAAGCAACAAAAGCACUACUCAAGGUGUAUGAUCCCGUCAAACUGGUGACGAGUUUCAAUCGUCGGGAAAAGCUUCGCAGUGGUUCUAACAUUGGAGAGAUUACUCAGACUGACUCAAAGAUCGACAUCACGAAAAUAAAAUAAAACAAUUGCCGUCAACUGCAUACACUUCAGGGGCUACCUGUUGUAAAACAAAGACUCCGGCGGUCGUUUUAUGGGAAAUAUUGUUCUGCGGAGUCGUGCCCUGCCGAAUAUGAGUGACGUCGAGUUCGAGGAAGAUGUUGACAUUGAGGAGGAUGAUCUGUACGAUGACCCACAGAAUGCGGAUGAAGCGUUGAGCGAACAUCAUCUGGUAUCGAUACUGCGACAGCUGAUAAGCAGUGGUGAAAUACAAAUACUCAACAAUGACCACUUUUACUCGAUGUCUUUACCUGUUAUCAAACGACGCCCAAAUUUGGAACAAUUGAAGAAAAGCGCAAUCUAUCAGAGCAUCAAGCAAGCGUCCGGAUAUGGAGCGGACGCAAGCAACCCGUCGCAAACAUUUUCGCUGGUGAAUAUGUUGGCUAACCGUCAGAGCGGAUUUGGACCCAAAAGUGGUGCAUUCAUUGCCAGUGAUAAAUGCAAAAUCAACAACCUGUACGUGCCGAACCGGACCGAACGGACGAUCAGGAAUUGCAACUCGAAGGUUUUCUGCGGACGGUUCUCCCGCGACGGUUCCCAGUUUGUUAGCGCCAGUCAAGACGUACAGAUUCGGGUGUUUGAUGCUACAACCAGCCGCUACCCGCUGGUGCGACAGAUCGAGGCCAAAAAUGUGUCGUGGUCGAUUUUGGAUAUCGAUUUCAGUCCCGACGGAGAACAUUUCGUCUACUCGACAUGGGCCGAUGCAUUGUUCGUUUCCCGCAUGCACGAUAUGGCCACCGAUGAUAUUCACUGUCUGUAUCUACGUUCGGAAAGUCAAAAGUUUGGUGUGUUCACCGUGGCUUAUUCCAACUGCGGCAAACAGAUUCUGGCAGGAGCCAACGAUGGCUGUCUGUAUGCGUACGAUCUGGUUGGCAAUCGACGAGUGUUAAUGGUUCCAGUUGCAGCGGAAAAGCACGAUGUCAAUGCGGUUGGUUUUGUUGAUGAAACGUCCAAUAUUUUUUACAGUGGUAGCGAUAACGGAAUUAUCAAGCUAUGGGACCGUCGUUGCCUUAACGAGGUGAAUCCGGAGCCAGCGGGAGUACUGGUGGGACACGUUGAUGGUAUCACCUACAUAGAUUCGCGUAACGAUGGUCGUUACAUUAUUUCAAACUCAAAAGACCAGAGCAUCAAAUUGUGGGAUCUACGGGUGUUUUCACCACCCGAUGCUGAAACAAAAGUGCGUGACCAUCUCUGCUUUGCUAACUGGGAUUAUCGUUGGGACGAAGUGCCGAAACGCUUUUACAAUCCUAACAAACCGCUUGAGGGUGAUACCAGUGUUAUGACAUACCGAGGACACCGUGUUCAGAAGAGCUUGAUUCGAGCCAAAUUUUCACCCGUGGCCACCACUGGUCAACGAUAUAUUUAUACAGGAUGCGGCACUGGACGCUUAAUAAUUUAUGACGCCUUAACGGGCAAAAUUGUUCAAGCAAUCGAAAGCCAUCGUGAUGCAGUUCGUGACGUGGCGUGGCAUCCACACCGGUCCGAAGUGCUUACAUGCUCGUGGGAUUAUCAUGUAAACCUGCAAACAUACCAGUGCACUGAGAAUACGAAAAAGAAAACAUGCCCUUAUGCCAACAGAACCCGCCGUCUAGAGGACACCGAUGACGAAAGUGAGAAUGAUAUUCCUCCGCUUCGGCGAUCUCGCAGAAUAGCAGAACUACGGCGAGCACAGGCCAAUUUCGACUAGAGAUUUGUUUGAUUGGAGAGUGUACGAUGAAAUUGGAUGACAUUCACAACAAUCAUUUGGUAGCCAGCCUUGCUCAGUCAUGUGGUAAGCAGAAAUUUGUUUGGACUAAUGCAUUAAAACAGAACUGGCAGGAUGUGCCUGCUGAAUCGUCCCAAUAAUAGACUUGGCAAUGCGUUUCAGCUUUUCCAUUCAUUUGCAGAAUCAACAUUUUUUUCAGGAAAAAUCAGUUAGAUGGAUAAAAAUCACUAAAUAAAACCGCAUUCAUUUAUUUUACGUGCAUGAUGGAACAGGAGUGUAAAAUAUAUACAAGGGUUCAAAAUAUUUGCGGAGAUUUUUUUUCUAUACAAUAAGAUUUGUUUCGAUUUUCUUCUAACCCGAUCAGAGAGGAGAUUAUUCUUUUGCAAUUAUUCAACUGGUAAUUAUUUUAGACUCAAAUAAAUUAUUGCCCUAUCCUUUAGUUAUAAUAAAUAUCGACUACACAAUACGGUAAGUUUCAUCUAAUAAAGACAAGAAUGAGAUCGUUUA